AUGAUAGCAUAUAAAAUAAAGAAACAUAUCUAUAAUUAUUACAAUUCUUCUUAGCUAUCUUUACUUUUACAGAAUAUAUCACAUUAUCAAUUGUUUUCAUACUUUAUCAAUUCAAAGAUAGUGAUUAUAUUUAUUAUAUAUAAAUUGAAUUUAAAGAAUUCUUUGAUUAGAAUAAAUAGAAAUACUAGUAACUAUUUUAAGAUAGUUAAUUUUGAGAAUGCAAAAUAAAUAUACAGUAACAAGUAUAUCUACCAUUAUUCUAAACAAAACAACUGCCUGAAAAGUAUUAUCAUAUAUAUUUGAGUAAUUUCACCAUUCUACCGCCUGUGAAUAUUGGAUUAAUAAUUCAUGCAAUAUUAGAAUAAUGUGAUAGAUACUGUUGCUUCAGUAUUUUUGUUUGUAACACAUAUAGUGGCCAGUUUAUUAUUGUUGAUUAUAUAGGUUUUAUAAUUAAAUAUUUAGUGAGUUAGUUAUUUAUAACAUA